AAAACUAGGUAUCUUGCCGGCAAAAACAGCUUAAGCGAAAAGAUUUCAAGUGGGAAAACACAUACCAUUACGUUUAAAAUCUUUUCGUUGUAAACGACAAGAUAUGUUAAGUGGUGUCCACCGAAUUUACAUCGAUUUCUUGAUUCAAACGGAACAACUAUGAAAUUUACGUAACGUUGCAGUAGAGCGCAUCAUCUAUCAACCCCCGACAAUGACGUCGAUGACAUUUGGCCAGAAAAAGUUCAUCCCAACCGCACCGGAAAAAGGAAGCUUCCCGCUGGACCACGGAGGACAGUGUCGCAAGUUGAUGCUGUUCUAUAUGCGUUGCUUGCGGGAAAACGCUGACGAUAAUUCUGCCUGCCGACAGGAAUCCAAAGCAUACCUGCAAUGCCGGAUGGAUAACGAGUUGAUGGCACGGGAAGAUUUCGCCAAACUAGGCUACGGGGAAAGUGAACCGAAGGCAGAGCAAUCUUGA